GAUUCUAGGGAAAACUUGGAUAAGCUCUGAAGAUACUAACUUUCUAGUUUUCAGAGGUAAAACAAGCAGUUUUUUCGAAUAGAAGUGAUGUAUUUUUACUAUCUGGCAAGGAUGAAGAUGGGGGAAUGAAGGAAGGUUCAUCAAAAUGGAAAAGUGGAGUUUAUUUUACUUACUACUUCUACACAUUACAAUCAUAUGCCCCCUCGACUCGACUGUAGGAAGUUGUUUCCAAGAGCAGCUGAGACUCCAGGCCCAAGUGAGACUACUGGAACACAGUGUGAAGCAACAACAGGCAAGAAUUGUGAACCUCUUAAUGGAGAGGGAUAUACAGAGCAGAGAUAAAGAAGGUGAAAACGCUGUCAUCAACCUGGGAGAAGAAACAAAGUACAAAGAUUGUGCUGAGAUCUAUCAGGCUGGUCAUACACAAAGUGGAUUUUAUAAGAUGAAACCUCUGAAGAGCCCCAGUGAAUUCUUUGCCUACUGUGAUAUGGCAGAAGGAGGUGGGUGGACAGUCUUUCAGAGACGAUCAGAUGGGAGUCAAAAUUUUAAUAGAAAUUGGACUGAAUAUGAGCAGGGUUUUGGAGAUUUUACUUCAGCAAAUGGUGAAUACUGGCUUGGGAAUAAAAACCUUCAUUAUCUGACUUCUCAGGGGAAUUAUACCUUGAGGAUCGAUUUGUCUGAUUUUAUGGAUGAACAGCGCUUUGCACAGUAUGAAAAGUUUCGAGUUGCAGACGAGCAGAAUUCCUACAAGAUGAAUUGUGGCCAAUAUUCUGGAACAGCUGGUGACUCUCUCACUGGGGGGUUUCACCCUGAAGUUAAAUGGUGGGCAAAUCACCAAGGGAUGAAAUUCAGCACCAAAGACAGAGAUAAUGACAAUUAUGAAAAGAAUUGCGCUGAAGAAGAUCAAGCUGGCUGGUGGUUUAACAGAUGUCAUACUGCCAACCUGAAUGGCCUGUAUUAUAAUGGACCCUAUUCAGCAAGGACAGACAAUGGAAUUGUGUGGUACACAUGGCGUGGCUGGUGGUAUUCCUUGAAGUCUGUUGUCAUGAAAGUCAGGCCGUCAAACUUCAGUCCCAGUGUAGCUUAGGGUUUGCUUCCCAUGUUCUUCUUAAUCAAAUCAGUCACACCUGCACUACGGCAUUCACUUAUUUCACAUAUAAAGAAUCAAUUAAGUAUAGUCAUUGGUGAGUAUAUAGACACUUCGUAUAGAGUAAGGGUUUUUUGGGGGGCAGCAAUAGGGAUACAGCUUGCCACUAUCUUCUUCUCAGAAGCUUUUUAACUUCUUGGUCUGACUUACAGCCCUGACAUUUCUUAUGUUCCUGCAUUGAAGUUCUAACCAGCUUCAAGGGAGGGAAACCUCAAAAAAUGCCAAGGC